CCUCCAACCAGCAGCAUCCUCCGACUCUCUCCUCCUCCUCGUCCACUCUGAACAACAAUGACCAGCACAGUAUCAGCCUACACUGACAAGAUCAAGGAGAUGUCCAUGCUGUCUCUGCUCUGUUCCUGCUUCUACACACAGCCACAUCCCAACAGCCUCUAUCAGUAUGGAGACCUGGAUGUGAAAGGCUUGAACAAGCGAGCGUCAGGUCAGUCGUUUGAAGUGAUCCUGAAGGAUCCCGAUCAGGACAAAGCCCAGCCUCAGCUGUUGCCCCUACACCCGAGAAGGGAGGUGUCCCUUGAAGAGUUCCAGAAGAGGCUGGAGGCCGCUGAGGAAAGGAGGAAGUCCCAGGAGGCCCUGGUGCUGAAGCAGCUGGCUGGGAAGAGGGAGCACGUGCAAGAGGUUCUCCACAAGGCACAUGAGGAGAACAACAACUUCAGCAAGAAGACAGAGGAGAAACUCAUCCAAAAGAUGGAGGUCAACAAGGAGAACCGGGAGGCCCACCUCAGUGCCCUCAAGCAGAGGCUGCGUGAGAAAGAAGUCCAUGCUGCAGAGGUACGCAGGAACAAGGAGCGUCAGGCUCACCUCUCUGGCUGA